CACGCCGCACCAUGCGCCUCGCCACGGGGACUGAUGUUGGGCUGUUUGGGUCGCAGAGGAUGAUCCAGCUGGAAGGGCGAAGGCACAAUUGAAGGGCAGACAGGCAGAAGAGUUGUCAGUGUGGAACAGGCAGUGCAGGCUGCGCAUCAUUUAAAAGUCAAACAGGAGGACAGGAUGUGUGUGUUUCUGUGUGUUUCCUGAGCAGCAGCGUCAUAGCGUUUACCACUGACUGCAGGCAAGUGAUGACAGUAAACCGUCGGCCUUCGUGGUGUUUUUCUCAUGUGAAAGCAGCAGGUUUCCCGAUUAGGCUAAUAUGAGGACAUCAUUUGGCAAACCAGACCCUGGAAAGCACCUGCAAUCUUUUCCCCUUGUUUGAAACUGAAGACAACAUCAUGUGUUGUCCCCGGUAAAACCCGCCCAGACAUUCAGAGUGAGGACCCCACGCGCUGCUCAGACAUGGGCUCAGAUCAACCCGGCAUGCAUUCACUAGAGAAAAGGCCGGCGUCGGACGCCGCCUGCAAGCGGCACGCCUACCGCUGUCUGAGGAAGAAGCUGAGGCCAGUGCGGAUCGUAGGGUUCGUCCUCAGCCUGGUGGCCCUAAGUGCUGUCUCCUUCAGUGCCUUCACCUGGAACUCAAGGGGGGUCAGUGAGCCGGUGCUCCCCCAGGAGUCGGCCCCCCACAGGACUCUUCUUUCCACCCAACACCAGAGGGACGCCAAUGUCUCAGCCGACAUGCCACUAGCCAUGAAAUCUACAGCAGGGAACAACGAGAGCAGUGGGGAUUACCCUCCAGACCUUUUCACCCUUCAGGAGAGGCGCCAAGGAGCGGUGGUCCUCCACAUGUUCGGCAUGAUCUACAUGUUCAUCGCCUUAGCCAUAGUGUGCGACGAGUUCUUCGUCCCUGCGCUGACCGUCAUCACGGAGAAGCUGACCAUUUCCGAUGACGUAGCGGGCGCCACCUUCAUGGCGGCUGGCGGCUCGGCCCCAGAGCUCUUCACCUCCAUUAUCGGGGUCUUCAUCUCACACAGCAACGUGGGCAUCGGGACCAUUGUAGGCUCGGCCGUCUUCAACAUCCUCUUUGUGAUUGGGAUGUGCGCCAUCUUCUCCAAGGAGAUCCUCAACCUGACUUGGUGGCCCCUGUUCCGCGACGUCUCCUUCUACAUCCUGGAUCUGAUAAUGCUCAUCAUCUUCUUCCUGGAUAACUUCAUCUCCAUUUGGGAAAGUAUAGCGCUGCUGUCCGCCUACGCCGCCUACGUGAUCUUCAUGAAGUGCAACAGCACGGUGGAGAGAUUUGUCAAGGGUUGCAUGCACAAGAACCAAGUGGUAGAAGUAGAAGUACAGCCAAAGGAUGAGAAGACAAUUCCUGUGACGCCAGAGGAUGAAAGCAAGUUGUCGGCCCGGCCUCGGCUUCAGAGGGGGGGGAGCUCCGCCUCCCUGCACAACAGCCUGAUGAGGAACAGCAUCUUCCAGCUCAUGAUCCACACGCUGGACCCUUUAAGUGAAGAAUUUGCUGACUCUGAGCUUGGGACUUAUGGGAAACUAAAAUAUUAUCACUCAAUGACUGAGGAAGGUAAAUUCCGAGAGAAGGCAUCCAUCCUUCAUAAGAUCGCUAAAAAGAAAUGCCAAGUGGAGGACAGUGAAAAGGCCAACGGAGUGGCCAGCCGCUCUGAUAAAAACCUCCCCAACAGCUCCAGCGUGGAAGUGGAAGUGACACCACCCAUGAACGGCACCGCAGUUCAAGAAGGUCAAGAAACGGCUGAGGAUGAGGAGGAGGACGACCAGCCUCUGAGCCUGUCCUGGCCCGACUCCUGCCACAAGCGCAUCACGUACCUCCUCAUCAUUCCCAUCGUCCUCCCACUGUGGUUAACGCUGCCCGACGUCAGGAAGCCGACUGCCAAAAGGUUCUUUCCCAUCUCCUUCAUCGGUGCCAUCUGCUGGAUUGCAGCAUUCUCCUACUUAAUGGUGUGGUGGGCUCACCAGGUUGGAGAGACCAUCGGGAUUACGGAGGAGAUUAUGGGCCUGACUAUAUUAGCAGCUGGAACGUCCAUCCCUGACCUCAUUACCAGUGUCAUCGUGGCACGCAAGGGGCUGGGGGAUAUGGCUGUCUCCAGCUCCGUCGGCUCCAACAUCUUCGACAUUACAGUAGGACUGCCGUUCCCCUGGCUCUUGUGGUCCUUUAUCAACAACAUGUCUCCGGUGAAAGUCAGCUCCAACGGCCUCUUCUGCGCCAUUGUGCUCCUCUUCAUCAUGCUCCUCUUCGUCAUCAUCUCCAUCGCCGCCUGUAAGUGGCGCAUGAGCAAGAUGCUGGGCUUCAUCAUGUUCAUGCUGUACUUCGUCUUCCUGGUGCUCAGCGUCAUGCUGGAGGACAAGGUCCUCACCUGUCCCGUGUCCAUCUGAGGAGCCACUUUCUGUCCCUCGUCACCGCCACAACCACCGCCGACACCACCACCCUCCAUGUCUGCCAUCGCCCCCCCUCCCCCACCCCACGACCCGUGUGAUACUUUACUCCAGGAAUAAAAGAAGAAGAAGGACGACAGGACAAGAAAAAUAAUACAAAACAUUUUUAAAAAGAGCAGGUGGUGGUGGGGGCGGGGUUGGAAAUGGCACAAGACUUUGGCUUGGCUGGUUUAGCAUAGUGGAUUUUUAUUUUGUAUUAUUA